AUAUAAUGUUUUUGGGCUCCUCCUCCGUUUAGUAAUCGAGAUUUUGAAUUAAUUUUUGAACAAUACAAGAUAUUUUUAAAUAAAUAAAAUGAGCGAUUAUAGCAGCGACGAAAACGACGAUUAUGUUUUGUACAAAAACAGGCCGGAAUGGAGUGAUAUUACGCCAUUAGCACAGGACGAUAACGAAGAGCCCAUUGUUGCUAUCGAUUAUACCGAGAAUUUCAAGGAUUGCUACGAUUAUUUCCGAGCGAUCGUGCAAAAGAAAGAAAUAUCGGAGAGGGCUUUGGAAUUGACACAAACAGCUGCCAAUUUAAACCCAGCCAACUACACAGUAUGGCAAUACAGACGAGACAUUCUCAAAGGACUCGACAAGGACCUGCACGAGGAGCUCGAAUUCGUCGAGAAAAUCAUCCUGAAACAGUCCAAAAACUACCAAGUCUGGCACCACCGCAAAGUCCUCGUCGAAUGGCUGAAGGACCCUUCCAAAGAGAAAUAUCUCACGGAACAUGUCCUUUCCAAGGACGCCAAGAACUAUCACGCCUGGCAACACCGGCAAUGGGUCAUUAAAACAUUCAAAUUGUACGAUGGCGAGUUGGAUUACGUGGAUCUACUGCUAAAAGACGAUAUACGCAACAAUUCCGCUUGGAACCAACGGUACUUUGUUAUAAACAACACCACCGGUUUCACCGAGGAGGUUCUACGACAGGAAAUCGAGUACACCCUGUCCCGCAUAAGAGAGAUCACCGAAAACGAGAGCGCCUGGAAUUAUCUCAGAGGGUUGUUGUUGCACGACAAGGCGGGCUUGAGCAACAACACGACGGUGAAGGCGUUCGUGGAGGAGUUGUACGAAUCGAACAACAGAUCGCCAUUUUUGCUGGCCAUUAUAGUGGACAUGUGCUUGGAGCAAGUAGGCGCUGGCGGGGGAGAUUCGAAUUAUAGCGCGAAGAGGGCCGUGGAAUUGUGUAAGGAUUUAAUGGAGAAAUUCGAUACGGUUCGAGCGAAUUAUUGGCAACACAUGCUGGAUAGUAUCGGGAGUGAGUCCGGUGAAGGAACUAGCGGAAAUUGAGGUUAGGUAAUUAUUUACAGUGUAAUUGGAUGUAUUAUGAGCUGAAACGAUUUGUAAACUGAUCGUUUUUAAUGCAGUUGUGCGGUUAAUUUAUUUUUGUUGCGGAUGGUUAGAUUUCUUCGUGCAGAUUGAUGAUUCGUUCGUACAAAAUAAAGAUCCAUUCCAAUCUCAUUUAAUUUAAUUAAAAUGUAAAUAAAAAACAUCUUCAAAUGUCCCUAAAAUAACUUUAAUAAUAAUAGAGAUUAUCAAUUUAACGCGCCCUGUAUAAUAAUUACACAAAGCACACUGAACGUAUUAUGUAAAUUUAUAAUUUAAAAUAAUCUGGUUGAAUAAAGAGUAAGGAAAGGGCCCCUCGAUGCCAAAAUAGUGUACGGAGGGUGGUUGGAAAAUUAAAAUGAUUUUUUUUGAAAAAACAAAUAGCACGAUUUUCCUAAUCGUGGGACACCUUGUAUAUAAAAAAAUGCUUAUAAUUUAAGAAUGAAUUAAAAUUAAAUCAAAAACUUAUACAUACAGUAAAAUUCUAUAAAAUAUAUCAGUAAUCGAAUAAUAAUAAUCAUUAAAUCAAUUCCACAACAAAAUGUGUGAAAAAAGAUUUAAUAUUCCUUCUAAUUCCUCUCUAAAGCUAUUCCUUCGUUUCUUCUUCUUCUUCGUUUUCUUCGUCUUCUUCCUCCUCCCAAUCGUCCAUUAAUUUAUUGACGUUCUGUACCGCUUCGACUUGCUUCGAUUUCUCUUCCACUGGCAAUUCCUAAAAUUCCAUAAUUAAUCAAUCGAAAAUUCUCGAUUUUUAAUUAUCUACGAGGGCAGGGCGAAAAGUUCUCGAGCUAGAUCAUUUCAAACAGUCUAACUUUCUAGAUAGCUCCUGAAUCAAUCAGAACUGUGUACAGCGCUUCAGAACCAUUUAGAACAGUCUAGAACAAAUCUAGAACGCCCCAGAAUCAAUUAGAACCGCCUCGAACCAAAUAUUUCGACCUAACGAAGAGAUCAAUGUAAUUUUUCAACCGAAAAUCGCGCUCUUUCAUUUCUCCGUUUUUCACCUCACCCUCGCACAUACUAUACAGCAUGUCCCAAAUAAAACGUCGAGCCGUAACACCGCUACGGGACAUCCUGUAUAAUCUAAAAUAAAAAAUACCCUUGGGUAGUUACCCGAGAUUCCGCCUCAGCGCUUUUGUCCCCUUCCUGCGAAUCCGUAUCGUCCCAAUCGUCCAAAAUAGUCUUAUUAAUAUCAUCCGCAGGAUCUUUCGCCUGUGAAUCCCGCGAUAUAACAUUCGAUUCUACUUCUUUUCCGUCUCGUUCUUCUUCUUGUUCUUUCUGAUCCGUUUCAUACGCUACUUGAUUGUCUGCAAAAUACAUUUAAUAGAAAUGCGUUUUUAUUAAUGUAUGAAAUCCUCCAACCUGAUCCAACGGAAGGUUCGGGUUCUUCCGAGACGAUUUCCUCUCGCUUAUCCUCUUCUUUUUCGGCUUUUCCAUCGACCUCCAUCGCCUCAUCCAGAUCUCCCGCGAUCUCCUGAACCUCUUCCACGAUCUCCUGAGCCUCGUGCAGAUCUGCGAUCUCCUGAGCCUCUUCCACCACCUCCGGAAGCUUCUCAGAACACUGGGUAUCAGACUGUGGAGGAGCCACGUCGAUUCCUCGAGAUUGCUCAUCCGUUGUUUCCACAACUUGCUACACAUUUAUUUUACCAGUUAAUAUGUAAAAUACACCAAAAAAAAUCUCACCUUUGCAUCACUCUCUUCACCGUCUCCCGCCUUGUUUUCAUCGUCUUCAUCGACUUCCAUCGUUUCCUCCCCGUUUUGGACGUCAUCUUCGCGGGUAGCGGUCUCACCCAGGUCGCGGUGCUCGUCCUCCCGGGAGAUUUCUAUGUGCGGAUGUGCCUCCAUCAGCGAACUGGAGGCCUCCAUCUCCAAGGCGUCGCCGCCGGGCGCCUCCUCGAGCUCCAACGAGCCGCCGCCGCCGCCGGUGAGGUCCGGCAUGCUCUUGAAGCCGCCCGCGGGCGCUCCGGCGGCGUAGAAGGGCUCCGACUCGUCCUUGAGCCCCGUGGUUUGAUUGUCGAUCUCGCGCUGGAUCAUCUCGAUGGAUUCGAUGGGCGAAUCACCCGGAUUCGCCACGAGGAUCUGGUUGGCCGUGGAAGUUGCGGAGAUGGGAGGGCCGUUGCGGAUUUCUAGCAGGCCGGUCUGGGAGUUUACCAUCAGAUUGCC